UUUAUUCAACAUUUUUAAACAGUUUGCUAAAGUUUAUUUAAAAUUAACAUGAAAUUAACACUAAUUUUGUCUCUACUUGUAAUAGCAUUGGUAGCUUGCACCUCGGCUUGUCGUGGAAGUCCACGUAGUCCCUCUUGUAUAGGUGAACGUAAUACCGGACGUACUUGUCGUGGCUGUAGAAGAAGUAUAAUGUGGUGGUAUGACCCGCGUACUAAUCAAUGUCGUCUUUUACCAUAUUUGGGUUCGGGGGGUAAUAACAAUCGUUGGUGCACCCGGUCAAUUUGUAAUCAGAGGUGUCGCCGUUAAAUAAAUAAAAUGUUAUUAAUUUAAACAGAUUUUCAAAUAAAGAAGUUUUGUCUAACAUAUUGCUUUUAAAA